AUGGUGUCUAGAUCUCUUCUCCAUAACGGUUACUUCUCAGAGGAAAACAUUACUUCAGAUAUGACGGUAGAUUCGUCUGAGUUCCCGUCCUAUGCUGUUGUGCAGAAACCGUCGUCAUUGAAAGAUGGCUCGCUGAAGAAAAACGGCAAACUAAUUGCGAAAAAAGUCACACUUCCGCCGGAUAUUGAUACCGGAAACGGAAACAGGUCGCCAGCAAUAAACACCGUGGCGCCAUCUAUUCAGCAGCAGAACGUUCCACAGCAGUACGAGUAUCCCACUUACACGGAAGUCCGGAAGUAUCCGCAAGGUUAUGGCUCUCAGCCGUCUCCCCAUUCCCCGAUAUAUCCACAGCAGGCCCCCUAUGUGCAGAGUUCGCCCGGUGGCUAUGGGCAGCCAUUCCCGGCACAGUAUCCAAGACAGGUUUAUGCUACGCAGAGAAAAGAGCCCGAUUACCCGCCUAAUUAUCUACAGCAUCCAUUGCCACAGUCUAGAAUGGGCUACGACGACGAUUACGACAACACAGUGGAGUCCACGCCCAUGAUUAAUCAGCCAAUCAACGCCAAGAACCUGUGCUACAAAUCGGAAUCGGAUCUACCGGAACCGCAACCAUUAGUGUAUCCUUCCGCGAAACGUCCAAUGGUUUUUGAGCAAACCUCCUCGUCCAAAAUGAGUAUCUAUGACAACGUCGAGCUCUUCUCUAGUAAAAACAAAGAUUGAAGUGAUAAAUAUUUCAAAAUAAAAUAUUGACGCUCAAUAAGUUGCAAGCCGAUUUACUUUCAUUCGGAGUUUACGUGUUUGUGCUUCCGCAGUUCUUCUUCUUUGUUGUUGUUGUUGUUGUUACUGUUUCUACACGUGAGAAAACGUUUUGCAGUACCUGCCGUCAAACAUGGUUAUAUAGACCACCCAAAUAGCAUGCUUACGACUGUUAACAAAACAAGUGACCAAGUAAAAUAGAUCUUUGAAGUUACAGAAUUGAUUCACCUACCUGCUAUCAGCUGAUGACCUAACUAUUAUGCCACCGAAGGCUUAACGGGCGCAUGUAUAGACAGAAAGGAAAUAUUGCAAAUGUCCUUAAUAAAUACGUGAUUGCUAUUCAAAUUGCACUUUAUGCCAAGUUUGAUUGAUAGCCAUGUUUGAUGUGGAUAGAAAGAUUUACUCAACAAAAACUGUUGAAGAACUUAAUCCAAUGGUGCUAGACAUGAUGACGUGUCGUUAGUCAUAAGAUUCAGUUCGAUGAUGGAUCUACAUUAUGUAAUUAUGGAGGUGACAUUUUAAGAAAAUAAUAAUUGAUGGAAAAAAAGGGUAUAUUAUUUUUUCUGCUUUUAAACAACACAUAGUGCUAUGUGAUACAGUAUUGUGCAUAUUCUAAAACAUGGUACAUGUAUUAAUUUUUUCAGUCUUGAAAAACCUAUUUCCAGUGUUACAGAUUUUUAUUAAGUGCUUCCAUAAACAAAACCUGGACAAUAGACAUUUAGGCUGCCAUUUUACAAGUUUAUAAUCCAAGACAUUUGAAAAACCAAAUGUGAUCAUUCUCUUCCUCCGUUUGAACUUUAUAUUAGGAUUUAUCCUUAAGACAGUGUCUGGGAUUAACGUUUUACCACAAGUUCUCUUCUUCUUCUUCUUCUUCUUCUUCUUCUUCUUCUUUAUCUUCUUCCUCCUUCCUUUUUUCUUCUUUCUCUUUUUUUUUUUUUCUUCUUCUUUUUUCUUUUCUUUUUCUUCUUCACCUCUUGACGUCCAAUAGCCAAUGAUAAGAUUAAAAAUCAAUGUGCUCUAGUGGCGUCGUUAAAUAAACCAAACUUUACUUUCCUCCUCGUUCACAAGCUACACUAGUAGUCCAGACUGUAGGAUGAAAUGAGCUGUGGUUUCCAGUUUUCAUCUGUCACCUCACAGCUUAGUUUGUCGGGGAGUCAUGAUCACUUGGACACAUCUGUAGGAUGCGAUCCGUUGUUUGGUGAUUCGGACCACAGCUGCUAGUUGGUGAAGGUGCUAGCCUGACAUUUUUUUUGACGUAUGAGGGUUCAGUCUGUUGUGACCUGUACAGAAUGACACAAUCUCACCAGCGUUAGUUGUUCCACCAGGGGCCUGAUUCACAAAGUUCUCUUAGGCUCUGCUAGACAACAAAGCAUCCUCUUUGCAAGUCUUUUAGCAUUGCACUGCGAGAUCGUAACGUUGCGAGUGUUUAGUGAAUUAGGUCUCUGGUUGAGAGAAGCUGAUAAUAAUCCCUCACUGUCCUGGGACUGUUGGUUGUGAUCAACGUUUUCCUUUCAGAGAAACUAAACACUACUAAAUGUAUUCUGUCUCGAGAUUAUAAACUAGGAACUUAAUGGCAGACAUCUUUUUGUUUUAAAUCUGUUUGUUAUAGCUAUAUAUAAUUGUUGUUAAAAUAUUUAUGUAUUACGUAGAAUUGAUGUAGUUGAUGAAUUUAGAUGUUGUAGCGUUUAUCUUAAAUCCAGCACUUAAGUGCUCACAUACCCAGGGCGGUAACUAGCAGGGUGCAGAGGCAGUUACUCCCCCCUCCACCACCACCUCCACCCAAAUAAAAUUGUAUGGGUGGAUGAGAUUUUGUGUUACUGUGCCUUGAUUUCUUUUUGUUCUGUUACCCCUCUUAUAUUAGAUUAGGUUCGGUCCUGGUCUCCUCACCUCCACGGCGCAUUCAACACAACACACAUACAUAUAUAUCAUGGGUGUACAUAGG